ACUUGAGUUUUUUAAAUUCCAGGGAAAUAAAAGCGUGAAAAAAAGCUGAUUUUGUGAGACGAAAUUUCAGUGCAGGAAAAUGGCGCCUCUGAUUGGACUGGAAACUCAGUUCAAAGCGACAAGAGGAGACUUCAAGAACAAGUAUGACGCUGCCGUGUUAUUCAUGCACUGGAAGCUCAUGUCGUUGGGUUUCAAAACUGUCGGAAUCAUUCCCGAGGAGGAACCAGAAAGAGAAAAUUUCAAUGACGUUUCCGAGCUUUUGCCCGAUGGCUGGAAUGCGGAUGCCUCAGGGAAUUAUAGAAUCAGAUACGUGAGAGACAAUUCUCCGUUUAACUUGGCUGUGAUCCGGUCUGGGAAAGGGAAAAAUUCUCUAGUUGCUGCUUUGUUGAAUGUGGAAGCGGAAACUGUGCAAAGCUUCGUCGUCAACGUGCCUGAAGAAGUGACCGAGGAUUAUUCCGACUUUAAGCGAUGCUACAAAAACGCUGCUGCAUUGAACGAGCGACUGGAAACGUCCCUGAAUGUGCCCACGAAAGCAGCCAAGAAAGAAGUCCCUGGUGCCAUUAGCCACAAGCCAACGCGGGACGAGUGCACUGCCGUCAUUAGGCAUAUUUUAGAAGAGCAACUGCCCAAUGCCGGCUUUUCCGACGACGACAUUCGCCGAUUGGUCAACGCCAUCUGUCGACCCUCUGGAGAAGGACGAGUGCCAGGAUCAAGCAGGCCAAUGAUGCCACGGUACCCGGAACCAGAUUUAGCCAUCCCUCCGCCACGGGGACUGAUUGACCCAUUGGGAGGCAGACCUUUGGGUCCAGCAGUGGGUCCGAUCGGAAGAUCAGAUCUGGAUCCCAUUGGGAUCGGAGGUGUGCCCAUGGGGCCAUUGGGUCCGUUUGCCCCGGUAAUGCCCGGAGGCAGUGGGAUGCUGUUUGAUCCGUUCAGGGGACCCGGGAAACGACAGCCGGGCGUCCCUGGAAAUCUUCCUCCGGGAGCUGUCCCACCAGGAGCAAGGUUCGAUCCCACGGGUCCUUCAGGCCCAGACGACCUGUUCCCGGGUUUCCACGAGCCCCGUGGGAAGGGCAGAGGGGGUAAACGAGGACCCCCGGGUUCUGGACCGGAUCCCGACCACAUGAGCCCGCCGGGAUACGAUGACAUGUUCAGUUAAUUGUGGGGACGGAAGAACCUCAGCUUUCGAGACCAUUACGAAACGAAAAGAGACGUGAUUUGAAAGCUGGUUUUUAUUUUCGUUUUCUCUCUCAUGUGUGUUGAUCUUGGGAGAUUUGGUUGCAUGAUGAAGAUCAGUGUGUUUUGGGAGGGAAACAGGUCGUGGUGAGCUAUCGAUUUUUUUUUCUUUGUUGCGUUUGGAGCGGAUUUGGGAUCUGUUGUGUCUUUUCUUGGCAUAAAAAAAGAGGGAUUCUUUCUGCCAAA